UUCACUCUGAUGGCUGUGGAAUUAGUGGCUUUAGUUUUUCCUUUUGUGACUUCUCUCAAGCUGUAGACGUCACAUAAGUCCAAAUCCUUCCUCGGGUGGUAUCUGGCAAGAAUGGGGAAUUACUUCACAAUUCUACUUCAUUGAGGAUACCAUUCUGGCAGGACUUUCACAUAGUUUCCCACUCCCUCACAUAGUUGGAGAAGAACUUGAUUUGAAGGUGGUGGUUUUUUUCUCUUCUCUGUCUAUCGCUCUACUUUUUUGAGGCACUGAUUUUUAAAUUAUUUGGUUUUGUAUCUGACAUUAUUUCUUAGGAGGCUACUUUGUUUCCUGCUCAAAUUGUAAUUGGCUGGAAAGUUCCAAGGUCAGCAGUUUAAAGCUGGGUGAGGAGUUUGGGGCUUGUUUCAGCUUGCUGCCACUGAUCUUAGGGACAAAAAAAACCUUUAGAACUUGGAGCCCUGCUUGUCUCAUGCUGGAGAGCACAAUAUCCUGGAGUGAGAAUCCUACCCAAAUGACUUCCAAAAAGCAGAAUUGCAAGAUGCAAUGGAUCAACUAGAACAAAGAGUAAAUGAAUUUUUUAUGAAUGCAAAGAAAAACAAACCUGAAUGGAGAGAAGAGCAAAUGACGUCAAUCAAAAAGGAUUACUAUAAAGCUUUGGAAGAUGCAGAUGAGAAAGUACAAUUGGCAAAUCAGAUUUAUGACUUGGUAGACCGGCACUUGAGAAAGUUGGACCAAGAACUAGCUAAAUUUAAAAUGGAACUUGAGGCAGAUAAUGCUGGGAUUACAGAAAUACUAGAAAGACGUUCUCUGGAACUGGAUACACCAUCACAGCCAGUGAAUAACCAUCAUGCCCAUUCACACACUCCAGUAGAGAAAAGAAAGCAUAAUCCAUCUUCUCACCAUAGUACAACAGAUCAUGUUCCUGAAAAGAAGUUUAAAUCAGAAGCUCUUUUGUCUACUCUCACUUCAGAUGCCUCUAAAGAAAAUACACCAGGGUGUCGAAACAGUAAUUCAUCAUCCUCUUCCAACAAUGCAUACAAUGCAAACUCUUCUCAGCCACUGGCAUCAUAUAACCUGGGCUCAUUAUCUUCAGGAUCUGGAGCUGGUGCUAUUACCAUGGCAGCAGCUCAAGCAGUGCAAGCCACAGCACAGAUGAAGGAAGGAAGAAGAACAUCCAGCUUAAAGGCCAGCUAUGAAGCCUUUAAGAACAAUGACUUUCAACUUGGGAGAGAAUUUUCAUUAUCCAGAGACUCAACUGGAUAUUCAUCAUCAGCUCUGGCAUCUACAUUAACACAAACAUUAAGUUCAUCAACCACAGAUUCACGGAGUGGUCGAAAAAGCAAAAACAACAACAAGUCUUCAAGCCAGCAGUCCUCAUCAUCGUCAUCAUCUUCAUCUCUGUCGUCAUGUUCUUCGUCGUCUGCUUUAGCACAAGAACUAUCUCAGCAAACAGCAGCAAUACCAGAGUCUGAUUCUAACAACCAAGUUGAUUGGACCUAUGAUCCAAAUGAGCCACGUUACUGCAUUUGUAAUCAGGUGUCCUAUGGUGAAAUGGUGGGCUGCGAUAACCAAGAUUGUCCAAUAGAGUGGUUCCAUUAUGGCUGUGUUGGAUUGACAGAGGCACCAAAAGGGAAAUGGUACUGUCCACAGUGUACUGCUGCAAUGAAGAGAAGAGGCAGUAGACAUAAAUAAGUUUCUUCAUUUGGAAAACAAAUGACAUCCUAAAGAUUUUAUAGAGGACUUUAACAAAUCACAUUUUGCAACCACUUAAAGAAGGAUUAAUAUAGCAAUCAUAAGAUCUUGAACUAUUAGUUUUGCUAGUUGUGUUUUAAUAUUGUAAGUAAAUUAUUUAUGCACUACUGAUGUGCUAUAAAUAUUAUUCCUGUUCGCCUUGGAUUCUUCCAGUGGCCAACAUAUGCAGACAUUUGUACUCUCAAACCAUUUUCUCAGAGCAGUGGGCAUUCUACAAUAAUUCAGUCUUCAAAGAAUUCUAACAAGAAAAGAUUUUAAAUGUAUGUUUUAUAUUCAACAGGCAUAUUCUGCUGCAUGUACUGUACUCAAGAGCUGUUAUAUAACAGUAUGUAUAUAAAUGGUGCAAAAAGUCAGUGUAUCUAAAGAAUAUAAGGCAGUUGUUUUUAUAAUGCCUUUAUAGCUUUGUUUCUUUGUGAAACUAAAUUCAGCAGGCUGAAGAAAAUGGUUCUUGUAUAAAGCGGGCUGGUGUCCUCUAGAGUACUUGGGUACAUAAAAACAAACUCCUGUAGAGUAAAAACAAAUUUGUGCCAUUAGUCUUUAUAUGUCUCUGCACCGAAUGGGGUGCAGAUCAUAAGAACAAGGGUGUUAAAGUGAUAAAUUUUUUAUACCAAAUGUGUUUAUUUUUUUGUGCAAGUAAUCCUUUAAAUUGGAAUUGUAUUAGGUGUUAAAAUUUAAAAAAAACAAAACAAGAAACUCAGAUGUUGAUAUUGAUGCUUUGCAUACUUUGUUGGAAAAGAAUAAAACCUCAGAAUUAAUGUCA